UAUUUAUUUAUUUUUGUAAUAUAUUAGAUUGGUCUCAGAGUGCAAGGACAUAGGGAGCUUCAACUCUUAGAUAGAGGUAUAGUUGUAAUUUUUUUAAAAUCAUAGUCCAGAACUAAGUCUAGCUGACCAGCAAUGUGAUAAAUACAAGUCAGACUGUUACAGGUAGGGUAUGGAAACAUUUUUGAUGCAAACGUUUAUAUCUACACAAACAUAUUUUCUGUAUUGGCAUUUGGCAGGCCAUUGUAAUGUAGACGAGGGGUGGCGAGACGGUGACACUUUGGUGACACGCCCCUGCCCUGGUGGUGUGGCACGUUCUGACGCUUUUCCACGUCGCAGUUCUCGUUGUCGCCAAUGGUAAGCGGUUGCGUGUACGACUCGAGCAAGGCCGGAGAAAGAUGGCGGCGCCCGUCCUGAGAGUGUCCACCCCUCGAUGGGAAAGAAUAGCCAGGCUCCUUGUUUGCGUCUUGGGUAUAUUGUUGUCCUUAUACGCCUUUCACGUGGAAACGGAAAAGUCUAGAGACACGAAUUAUCGGGCCAUGUGCGACGUGAGCAAUUCUAUCAGCUGUUCAAAAGUCUUCACCUCCAGGUGGGGUCGAGGAUUUGGACUGUUGGGCUCGAUCUUCGGAAACGACAGUGCAAUGAACCAGCCAAACAGUGUCUACGGAAUUGUAUUUUAUGUCUUUCAACUGUUACUAGGAAUCACCGUGAGUGCGAUGGCUGCCCUGAUCCUCAUGGCGACGUCCAUCCUGUCGGUGAUGGGCUCUCUCUACCUCGGCUACAUCCUCUACUUUGUCCUCGAGGACUUCUGCAUUAUCUGCGUCACCACAUAUGCACUUAGCUUCAUUCUCUUUAUGCUCAACUACAAGCGCCUGGUUUACUUGAACGAGGCCUGGAAGCAGCAGCUGCCGGUCAAACAGGACUAAGAUGAGGGGGGUGGGGUGGGGGGGGGGGGGGGGAGUUAAACAAAUUCCGUGAACUCUUGAACAGAACAUUUUGACUUGCCACCAGGAGACCUUGCUUCCAAAACAUUGUUUAUUAUGCUGUGUGUUUUAUAUAUAUAUAAAGAAACAGGAUGACUAGUCUGGGCCAGACAUCUCUCAAGUUCAUUGUUGCAUAAAUGGAAGGAUUUUCAAACGGGGUUGGGCGGGGGAUUCUCUUCGUUUCUCAUUUUCGUUUUUAUUUUUUUAUUUAUACCCUCACACAUAAUAAACAAGCAGGAAAGCAAAGGUAGAAUCCCAGUUCACUUCACUGUGAAAGAUGAGAGGACAGGACAUCCUUCUUGAACAAAAAAGGACCAGAACAUAGAAGGAAAAUUGGGACUUCUAAAAGGUGUAUACUUGAAAAUCGAUAAGAAGGUCCUGUUCCUGACCGGCUCCGGAGCCUAGCUGCAACGUCACUACAACCUCAGCGGAACUGAAUAAUGGGUCAGAAUACCAAAUGCAUGAUCGUGGAGAUUUAUAAUCGUACAGUUGGCAGCAUAGCUAGGAUAACAUGAGAGCCAAACCGGUUAGCAUCCUACAGCAUACAGAAUAGUUUGUUUUGUUUUUUUUUCUCUCAAUGUUUACACUUUACAGCAGGUUUUUGUUUGUGUCUUUGAUAGUACCACUAAUAUUAAACAUGGGAGACUGUGAGCAACUGUGUGGAAAUCAGUCAGAAUUGUAUUUUUUUUAAUAAUUUUUUUUUGAUUCUGUAAAUAGCUGCUGAGAAAUUUUCCAGGUUAGAUUGUGAUUUAGUGUUGACAUAGACUAAGUUAAAAAAUAAUAAUAAAAAACAUGUUUCGAAAGAAAUCACAAAAUAAGAAAAAGAAAAAAUAAGAAAAAAAAAAGUCAAGUUGUCAUCUGGGUGAAUUAACUCCGUCUGAAGACGUUUUUGCAGUCGGUGUGCCACGUCUUAACUUCCUGUAACCCCAAGCCAGGCAUGCUGCAUAGACUUGCGUGGAUUCAUGUGUUCACUAAUCAGUUUCUUUCUCAGAAGUCUUUCAUUAACUCACCGAGGUCACAAAGCAGAUAUGAUAUGUGCACUCUCAAGAGUCUUCAGAGCAGGGUUGUGUUCAUUAGGCAACGCAACGUUUUCAUAACGUUUUGCACUGGAAAAUGAAAAUGUGCGUUUCUUAUAGACUGGUUAGCUGACGUCACGAAAACAAUGCACUUGCUUCAAUGGGGCAGAAGGCAGCGUGGUGGUGUGAUUCUGGAUGGCCAGAUACAAUGACAUGAAGCUACCAUGAGGGGAAUCGUAGGUGGCUUGUUUCAGUUGGUUUAACCAACGACUGUAACAAUGUACUUAUGUUUUCAAUAAACAAUGACGACAAUAUAGUUUGUGUUAACAAACAACCCCGUCAGUUUUGUUGCUAAACAACCAACCCGUCUAUUGUCCAGGUAGUACCCCGUUUCAGUUUAUUAUUUUCUUUCUUAUCUGGUGCCUAAUGUACAUGACCCUAGUUAAUUUAUUCUCUGCCAAGAUGAAGUCUUUGCUCUCCGUGAACUUCCCUGUCUUGUCGUUAUGUGUAAAAAGCAUUCCUGGACACACACUACUGUACCACUGGGGGGUCCAUGUAGACUUAUGUGCCUGAAAGAGAAGUGAAUUCCCUUUAUUUGGUUGGGUGGAGGGGUAUAUGUAAAUGAGACGUGAAUUCCCUUUAUUGGUUGGGUGGAGGGGUAUAUGUAAAUGAGACGUGAAUUCCCUUUAUUGGUUGGAGGGGUAUAUGUAAAUGAGACGUGCAUUCCCUUUAUUGGUUGGAGGGGUAUAUGUAAAUGAGACGUGAAUUUCCUUUAUUGGUUGGAGGGGUAUAUGUAAAUGAGACGUGAAUUCCCUUUAUUGGUUGGAGGGGUAUAUGUAAAUGAGACGUGCAUUCCCUUUAUUGGUUGGAGGGGUAUAUGUAAAUGAGACGUGCAUUCCCUUUAUUGGGUGGAGGGGUAUAUGUAAAUGAGACGUGAAUUUCCUUUAUUGGGUGGAGGGGUAUGUGUAAAUGUUUCACUUAUUUUUUUCCUCAUUGUCUCACCAUUGUUACAAACCCAUUGCUUUUUUUGUUUUGUAUUUACUAAAUUGUAUACUUAAGGCCAUUGGUGUCUCCCUCACCCCUUGUGUAUAGCGCAAUGAUACGGUAGCACAGGCUGCCAAACAGUGAUCGUCUGUCAGCUCAAGGGUGGCAGUAGUAGGCCAGCCAUUCAGUUAGGCAUGUUUGUAGGUUAAGGUUGUCGAUUAUUUUUUUUUUAAGUAGUAAGGUUCAGUCUCUCUCUGUGGAACAACAGCACUGUAGCUACAGUUUUUUGGGGAAGGAAACCUCUCAGUAUUGGCCAAAGUGUGUGAUACAACCCAAGGCAGUUGGAUCAUCGCGAAGCAGAAUAGCCGACAGAUCAUGUUGAAGCCCUUCAAACCUGAUGUGUAAGUUACUAUUCACAUUCAUGGACAGUGGAACAUCCCUUGGCUCACGUUGAACAAUCUCGUUGAUACUGUUUUAGAUGGGCACUCAACAUUGUCACAUUUCUUUUUUUACACCAGUUGGCAAUUUCCUAAUAAAGGAGCCAUUGUUUCCGUAUGGCCGAGGUCUAAACAAAGAUGGCUGAUGACGCAAAUGACUGCUUCCUGUUAAACCAUGCUAGGUCAUCAGUUGUACACGCAUGAUGGAAUAUGAGGUACUUAUGGGUUACACAUGGUUUGCAUUGUAACUCACUCACUAGCGCUGCACAAGGUAUUUGACACAAGAAUAUUGGUAUUGCCUGUUGCAUCCGAAUUUUAGCAGUGGAACACCUGAGGUCUUUGGGACGAGAUGCCAUUUUGUGCAUGAUGACAAGGUCUAAACCUCCAACUCCCAGAGUUUGACUUACAGUCUGGUUGUACACUAUAGACUUUGCUAAGGGGUUACUCACAGAGCCCAUGUUGGCAGCAUUCAUAUAGGUCCUAAUGUUGGAGCAACAAACUUAAACAGGUGUAAUAAUAGUUCCAGAGAUGUAUGGGUGGAGUGUUUGGCUUUAAGUCACACACGUCAAAAGUCCUUAAAAGAAGCUUGCUGAAUGUGUUCCUAUCGCUAACCUGCUGGAUAAGGAGUCAACACAUUUUAAAAAUGUUUUGAUUUUAUUCAAGUCAAAUUAGAAGAUAAAACACGUAUUAAUCAACAGAAAUACAGAUAAAUGUAUAAUGCAGCCCUCGACUCAUUUUAAUCCGCGUGUCCUGUUCAGAAAGUGAUUCUAAAAAUGUCCCUAGAUUUAGAACCAUGAGUCAUGUUCACCUGCAUUAACAAAUGCCUUCUGUUGGAUCACUGGGCCUUUUCACAGUUAAAAGAGACACAGUAAAAUAAAGUCUGGUGACUGUGAUUGGCUCUCUUGCUUGCCUUUCUAAACAUGUAUUUCUGAUCAUUGGACCCUCCCCCCACAGCACUCUGUAGAUCGCCUGGGUGCCAGUCUGUUUCUGCCGUCUUGCCAACUUUGAAAGGAAAUGUCAUGGCUCGGCAAGAGCACUAACUGAUCAGAGACCAGGGGUGUAAACAUGCAGAUUCUUUUGCUAAGUACUUUUUUUCAAAAAAACGUAAAGCGCAAACAAGUUUCUAUUGGACAAAUUCAGAUAGAUCCCUCCCCGUGUCGGUUACCAUUUGGUUUCUGUAAUGAAUAAACCACGUGAGAGGUAAAAAAAAAAAAUGACUCACCGAAAAGCCCUGUCUUGUAUUUAAAACGGACAGUGUCUACUUUAUUUUCAAUAAAUGUUCAUCUUUAAUUUCUGUCGUUAGAGGUCACUUGUUUCUGCUAUAAUUAUUAUUUUUUUUGUCUGAAUUACAAGGGAAAUCAUUUGUAUUUCUCCUUAUUUUGUAUGAAUGGGCUCUCCAUUGGUCACUACAUCUUAGCUGUAUAGACUUAACAUUUCUGGGUUAUUUCAGAACGAGGGAUGUCCACGUGUCAGCAUCAGUUUGUUUGUGGGAGGGAAUACUGUAGGUUUGCUUCUGCAUUUGACAAAUACGUUGACAAAUGCUGUAUUUUCAUACACGGGAAAAAAAAGUAUUAUGUGAAUGGUAGGUUGAAUGGGUACAGAGAAACGAAUCGAAUGAAAUCCACUAUUUGCUUUACCUUGUGAGAAAACUGUUCCGAAAGUUGACAUUAACAGUGAACAUUUUAAAAUGGGGCUCAUUGUCAUGUGGAAAUGGUCUACCAUUAAAAAACAUUCCAUCUGAAGU